CUCUCGUUUUGCCUUUUGCUAAGUAUUCAAUACCUACAUUAUUGUGUAAAAUUAUUUAGUUCAAAAGGGCAACGAUUCACCAAAAAGUUAUAAAUACAAUCAGUUUUUUUUUCCUUGGAAAUGUGCAGUGUGAUGCAGUUAAAGUAAAAAUCGUAACACAAAUAUAAUAACAGUUUUAUGCGAUAAAAUAAUCAUAUUUUCUCUGGAUACAAUGAGAUAAAAUUAAAGUGAUUCAAUAAAAUGUACUGUUUAUAAGUGUAUAAUCAAAAGCAUGAUGAUGCAGUCAUCGUCAGAAGGCUGUAUGAACAUCGCGGAGUUGGCGAACCAACUUCGUAGAGAAAAGAUCUUUAUAAACUCGGAGAGGCAGCUGCUCCAUAAUCUCAAUGAGGAGCUGGAAAAAACUGUUUUGGAAUUGCUCCAAGCUGCUUGGAUAUGUUCACAACAACGCCAAAAUCUAACAAAUUUGGUAACAUCAAGAUGUGAGGCUGAAUCUAUUGCAGCCUGUCAGCGAGCAAGUCUACUUGAGGGCACAACUUUUAUUGAUGCUCAUAAGGUUUUGAAAUACAAGGAGGUACAAGCCUUAGGAGAACUCCUGGGAUGGCUCCGAGACACUCCCAAUCUCAUGGCUCUAUGUCUGAUGCUUGGAGAGAACCAUAUGCCACCAAGUCUACCUUCAUCACUAGUAGCUGGACUAUAUGGUAGCUGUCGUUCACCAGCAGACAGAGGGAGGCUCUUGGCAGUCUUACGAUCCUUGAUCAAACACCAAAUGGCUCCUUCGAGUGAUCCAAGAAAAUUGUUUCGUACAAGCAAAAGCGCGCUCACAUCUCUGUACGCGGUGUUUCGGGACAACCAUUCACCGGCUCGACAGUUUCUGGUGCAAGCGCUACAUGCGCCUGUGAUGGCGGUGCUGCACGAGGACGAGUUCUUUCUGGACAUCGAUCCGGAUAAGGCCAUGGAGAGGUUCUCUCCCCCAGACCGUCUCAAGAAGUUCGGUCAGACCAACAGCAGUGAAUACAACGCUAAAGUGGCGCGCUACCGGAAAUGGACGGUGCAGUCUCUGUACAACCUCACUAACAAGUUUAUCGUAUCACUGAAAGAGCACUGGGCCAACUUCCCCGCAACCAUCGCGUGGGUUUUGCAACAAAUCGUUCAUUUUCUGAAACAAAAUACAAGAACAACAGAUCGCGAGAUCCACGCCAUCUGCACGGAGCUGGUGCUGAGCAACUUCAUCUGCCCGGCGAUCGUGAACCCCGAGGCGCACGGCGUCAUCGAGGUGCCCGUGUCGUACAUCGCGCGCUUCAACCUCAUACAGGUGGCGCAGAUCAUUCAGAUGCUCUGUCUGGCCAGGUACCAGGAGGUGGACCCGAAGGUGCGCGACCUGUACAUGAAGUUCGAGCGCUCGUGCGUGUGGUCGCUGGUGGAGGGCGUGUCGGGCGAGGGCAGCGCGCCGCCGCCCGCGCCCGCCGCGCCCGCGCCGCCCGCGCCCUCGCCCCCCGCGCCGCGCACCGACGCGCCGCCGCGCGCCGCCGCCGCGCUCUACACCGCGCCCGACGCGCACCUGCUGAUAACAUUCCUUAAAAGAAUAUCAUCUAAACUGAAUAACAACACUCAAAACGGCAACGACGAAAACACCAGCAAUUCGCAGAAUGCUGAAGAAUCAGGUUUCAGCGAGCCGGUGGAAACGGAUGAGGGCGAGGCUCGGCUGACGGCGCGACUGGCGGCCGACGAGCCCAACUACCGCGCGAGGCUGCACGACCUGCUGAGGAAGAUGCCAGAUUUUUCCACGCUGAGAUCUUCUCCGACUGACACGAAAGACACGCUGUCAGAGAACGGGCACAGCAAGCGCGGUAUCCUGAGCAAGGUGGGCAAGCCUCGUCUGCCGCGCUCCAUCUCCUCGGACGAGAGGGUCGCCGAGCGAGACGAGCCCGAGGUGCUGGUCAUUAAGCUGGCCAACGUCGACGAGCAGGACUAUGUCGGUCUGGAACCGGAGUCCAAGGUGCUGGAGUGCUACUACUGCGAGGGCGACGCGGAGGUGGGCGGGGCGCUCGCUCCGACCGGCUCCGUCGCGCCCGUGCAGAAACGGACCAGGUUCUCGGUGUCGCACGAUGAGGUUUCGCUCGGCAACACGUCCGACAACCUGGAGGCCGUGUCGGAGGCCGCGUCCAACCACAGCGUCACCUCCAGCCUGGAGCUGGAGACGGAGGACCAGAAUGACAACCUUUCGGACAUGGUGUCGGCCAACGUAAGUGGGCGCGGCAGCCCCAACAUAUCGGGCAGGGAGACGCCCUCGUCGCAAGUAACUGACGGAGACGCAGCAGGGGACGCUCAAUCGAGACGGACUCAACAAAAUGCUCCAGUUAGUCAGGCGGCCAGCGCCGCCCAGGCUAAACUACUGAAACAGACGCGAAAUGAUAUUGAAGAUAAAUUCUGCAAAUUUGAAAUUAAGAAACUCCUCGAAGGGGACGAGACGAUAAGCAUAAUGUCCGACACGUGGAGCACGGACGUGCUCGCCUCGGACUCGGAGACCAUCGGCGACUCGUGCGAGCCGACGCAGGUGGCCGCCGGACAGGGUAAUGCGAAUAAUACUAUCGCACCGGAUGUGUCGGAGACGGCGAGCGAGUCCGCCUGGAGUAUGGACCUGCUCGCUUCAGACAGCGACCGGAACACAGAGGUGGACACGGACGACUGCGUGUCGGUGGCGGCGCGCUCCGACACGUCGUGGCCGCGCCGCGCCUCGCAGCACGACGCGCGAGCGAAUGGUAAUGCGAAACGAGCUGACGUCGGCAGCCCCCGCCACACAUCGCGUUCUAAUCUUCCUAACAGGAGCGGGGGCUACCUGAGCGCCACGGCCGCCCUGUGCCGCGGGGGGGAGCUGGACCUGCUGGCGCACCACGCGCACCGCCCGCACCACGCGCACUACCCCAUCGAGAACCGGAGGAGCAUCCUCGUCAACGGGUACCCGGUGAUGACGUGCUACGCGUCGGCGCCCGAGAGCCCGAUCGCGGCGGCGGCGCUGCCCAGCGACAUCUUCGACUACGUGCCGCAGAAUGCUACGAAUAUUCCAACCGAAUCAACGGCGGAGGGAACGGGUGAGAGCGAAGUCGAAGUCCCCAACACUAUAUCCGGCGGCGGCUCCGAUGCCACCAGCCAGUGGGUGGACGACAGCUUCCCCACUAAGUACAUGCCCUCAUCGUCCAAAGCCUACGAUGACAAUGAUCUGAUGGACAGAUCACUGAACUCGAGCGAGAGCUCGUUCAAUGCCCUCUCCGUGUCGCAAUACGACAGGCGAUUCGACAGCGGAGUCGAGACCGACCGACCGGAAGCAGAAUCUCGAUCCGCAAUAUCCGACCUCAUGACCCGAAUGAAUUCCGCGACGAUCUCCACGUCCAAUCUCGUCAACAACAUAACGUCCAGGAUAGUGAAAUCGGAGCUGCGCACGAGUAUAGUAAAUAUAAGUUCGUCGAGGAUCGACAAGAAGCGAGAUCCGAGCAACAUGUCGCUGAGUACACUGUCGGUGAACAGCGUGGAAACGACCGCGUCGGACAAGAGCUCGAGCCAGGACGUGAACUCGGACAACGUGACCGAGCGCAGGAUCAGUCCACCGCCGGUGAAGACGUCCACUGGCGCCAUACCCAAGAGUAUCAGCUUUGACGCCACAGCGGAGAAGUCACAGCGAAGGCGCAUAGUCGGUGAAGAUGGACUAGUCAGUAAUUUGGACGAGUUGAAGAAUAACGUGAAGCGCUCUGGUGGCAACCUGUUCCACAAGAUCAAGAUGUUCCGUCACAAGGGCAGAUCGCACCAUCAAGGAGAAAUAAAGGUGUCGGAGGAGGAGGAGGUGGUGGGGGAGGGCGAGAGCUCGGAGGAGAUCCUCGCCAAGUACCGGCGCGUGGGGGACUGCGCGCCGCGCCGGCCGUCGCGCCACGACCUGCCCGACGCGCUCGCGCACGACGCCGACCGGAGCGAAGGCGUGAUCGAUCUGAACGACCCAGAGGUGUUCAACAGUAUGAAGCGGCGCUUACGCGUCGUACUCUCCAACACGGACUUUCAUUCGGUCGAAUAUGUACCCAACCGCUGCACGAGCGCGUCGCUGGCGGAGUGGGUGCGCGCGGGCGGCGGCGCGGAGGCGGCGGCCACGGCGCGCGCGCUGGCGGCGGCGGGCGCGCGCUCGGCCCGCCUGGCCGCCGCGCUGCGCGCCGACCUCGCCGCGCGCCGCCCCUACGCCGCCUACCUCGCCUCCUGCCGCGCCGCGCUGGCGCACGCGCUGCACGACCUGCACAGUCAAAUCGAGUUGGUGCGGUGGGAGUGCUCGUGCUGCGCGCGGGCGGCGGCCGCGGCGCGCGUGCUGGAGCAGCUGGAGCGCGGGCCCGCGCUGCGCCGCCUCGCCGCGCACCACACGCACGCACACGCCCUGCUCAACGGUGGUGAACUGAUGGACGAAAGGGCGUCGAGACUGACGGCCAGCAUCAAGACGAUCACGGCCGAGGUCAAAUCCGACCCCUCGUGGGAAGGAGCUACGGCGACGAUCCUGGAGAGCGCUGAGAUAACAGUGGAACGAGCCGUGUUCUCUCGACUGUACCUGCACGUACUCUUUCCUAACGGAGAUGGAGAUAUCGCACGAGAUCAGGUGCUGAGCGAGCACAUCCGGCGCCUGAGCGCCAGCACGAGCGCGGCGCGCGUGGGGCUGGCGGCGCGCCACGCGUGGGCCGCGCCCUUCGCGCACGCGCAGCUGCAGCUGCGCCACCUGCCCGUCUACCGCGCGCCGCGGGACAAGGUGUCGUGCGUGCUGCGCUGCGUGCGCUCGCUGGCGGCGACGCUGGCGCUGUCGGACGGCGCGCCGCCCGCCGCCGACGACGUCACGCCCGCUCUCGUGCUCGUCAUCAUCAAGGUUAACCCGCCGUCGCUGCUGUCGACGCUGGAGCUGGUGAACGCGCUGGGCGGGGCGGUGCUGGCGGGCGAGGCGCUGUACUGGUGGACGCAGUUCUGCGCCGCCGUCGCCUAUAUCAAGACCAUGGACUACCCCGCCCCCGCCGCUCCCGACUCCUAGCCCCAGCGGGCGCUGAAAUCAGCGCGAAUGCUCGAAAUGAGAUUGUACCGCGGCGUCGCCCGUGGUAAUCGUAGAAACACUAUUUAAAUAAAGUUUAAAAAAAAAAAACAAUAUUGUAAAGAUUGAUCUAAAAACAUCUGAUACUUAAUCAUUCUAAUUCAAAUGUAUAUAAUAUCCAGUCUUUUUCAACGGAACUUAAACAAAACAACAAAAAAUAAACAGUUAGGAAACAUAAGAUCCUCCCAUCGAAAACAUGUGACCAGGUCCGUCUUGAUUCGCAUCGCGUCAAUAAUGGUCAUGUUUUGACCCAUUGCAAUUGAACCAUUGAAAUCUUUUCGGAGGAUGAGGGGAGAUCGCCAGAACACUGCUUGCAGCCGGGCGCUUGUUGUACUUAAGACGGGGCUGCUCGUGGCAUUCGAUUAUAAAGUUAUUUUCCAUCCUCUGAACCCAAUCUCGGUGUUCUCUAACAUGUCAUAACAUUUAGUAUUCUAUAUCAAUAUAAAAGUAAUACAAUGUACAAUUUAUUGUUGAAAAAGACUAUUAACAAAGUAGAAUACUUAGAAUAGUGUCAACAUUCUUAAUAUAAUAUCAAAAUAAACAUUUUUCAACCACUUCUGUCCCUGAUAAGCUGUUCUGAAUUAUAAUAGUGCGUGAAAAAAUUUGCAAUUUCUGUGUUUGUAACUUUUUGCUAUUGGUAAGGCCACAACAUUGUAUACAUUUUUGUUGACAACAAAAUCAAAUCUGUUUUUGUGAAAACGGAAAUUUAUUAUUUAUAGCAACAAAUAUGUUACAACUAAGCUUUAAUCGGAAUGUUUAUAAAUUGUUUAACGUUUUGCAUUUAAUCAUCGUAUAACACAAAUAUUCAAUGCAGAUUAGUUGCAAAAUGUUUAAAUAAAUUCAUCAGAUGGCCUGCUCUAAAGUAAACCUGCAUUUAUAAUAUUUUUCAAAACUUUGGUAACCGUCAAUAUUUGGAAUUGGAUCUUUCUACAAGCGUUUGUGAUGAUAAAUUCGAAUGAAAAAUUAAUAUUGCUUAAAACCAAGAUCAAUACUAUUUAUUUUAUUUUCAUUUUCGAACGAACGCAUCCGUUUCAAGUCACGCAUCAAUAUGAUUUAUAUUUUAAAUAAAUGAUUACGUGAUAUGAAAACAUGCGAUUCAAAUUGCAAAUUAUAGCAGAUUUUUCGUUUGUCUACAAAUCGUGGCUCAUUUUUUUUAAUUAAUUAAAAUUAAUCAAGUAUCAUCGCACCCAUGUGUGAAAUAUAUUAAAGCAAUUGUCUCGCAUCUCGUUUUGAGGAAAUGAAACAUUUAUUGAAAAUACAAUCCUUCACCUCCGCACCAUGUACUCAUCACACUUUCUGUUUUAUUUCAAGGGGAAAGUCUUGUCAAAACCUACCGAUAAGUCACAUUCCCCCCUGUAUUCUAUACAUGUAAAUGAUAUAUUUUCUUAUGUCUGAUAUAUUAUGAUUUCCAGCUUUGAGGAUUAAUAUUAUAACCCCCAUGUUGUCCUCGUGUAAAUAGCACAAAACAAUAUUAUAUGUAAGAUGAUCGAACAUAGUCUGUAAGUUGAUAUUAAACAGUUUUAUGUAAUUAAUUAUUUAUUUUGUACACUUUGCUCAUGAUUUUAAUUGUUGUUGAUACCGAGACCCUUAGAAAUUAAUAAUUUGUUUCACUGUUUGCAAACUUUCUUAAUUAUGUGUAUUAUUUAAUAUUUUAUAUUUAUCACUAUUUAUAUUAACUAUGAGUUUCGCUUUAUUGAACUUACAAUAAUGUACCAACCGUAUGAUUUGAAAUUUACGUAUAAAAAAUAUUUUUAUAUUAUUAAUAGUUAUGAAAAAUAAUAAAAUUUGUAAACGUUCCGGAUUAUUUGAGUAACUUAUAAGAAAAAUGUAUACGAGGCUAAUUUCUACUUGUUUAUUUGAUAUUGAAACUGACCGUCAAAAUUGAUCUUUUAAUUACAAAUGUGCUUAACAAUCAACGUGCACUGCGUUUAUGCUAGAAAUGCUUAAAGAGAGAGCACUGUAACAGUGUAAUGUGUUACUUUGUGUUCUUAGGCUGCUGCUAAGGAUAUAAAUAAAAUUAGAAUUUUUUAUUCAACUUCCGCAAUGGAUGUUGUAUAAAAAAUAUUUUCUUCGCUCGAUAUUCAUUAAUCAAUGUAAAUGUAAUUGGUUAAUGAGAGACCACUGAACCAUUAACUUUUAAUUCUUGAUUCAUAAAAACAGUAUAUACUAUAAUGUGUGAUCAGCUUAAUUCGGUGUAGUCUUGCCAGAGGGCUUGUUUUAUACUUGACAAUAUAUUUUUUUUAACUCAGAGUUUUUAAAUAAAAUUUAAUGUAUAUUAUGUGUAGUUUUGCGCUUAAGUCUGGUAUUCAAAUAUCUUUAAAUUAUGUAAUGAAUUCGUCUUAACGUUUAGGGCCUUUCGACAUCGUCUGUGAUUCUAGGUUUGGCUAUUGAAUACUCGAAGGAAUGUAUUUUUGGAUGGGUCUUGUGUAGUGACGAUUGAAAAUAUUAUAUGUACUAUUUUUGAGUUUUGUAAAAAUUUUGGAUGUAGUUAUUUUUUAUGUAAAUACGCAAAUUCUUUACUACUAAUGGCAUCUGAUGUUGCCAGAUUGAAUAUAUUAAUUUAUAUGUAAUUAAAACGUGUAAAAUUAAAACUCCAUUCAGGAAAAAAAAUAUCUCUAAGAGAAGUAAAAAUUAUAUUAUUUUUGUUUCAAGAAAGUUUAAUUAUCUGCGCGGCAUGUGUAUGAGUUAUAAACUUCACAAUUUCCAUUGAAUUAAAAAUAAAAAACCAUACAUCAUGUUAAUCUAACAUGUAAUGUUCUUUAUUAAGUCGUCUUAUCUGAACAACGAAGUCUCAAUGUAAAUUAGUUUUAGUCUUAUUUUGGACUUUUAAAAAUUAUUUAACAAAAAAAAAAGGUAUAUUUGAGUAAACAUCAUGUAGGCAUAGAUUUAACGGCACUAGUUUUGUUCGCACUAAUCAUAAAUAUAAAUUAUACUAAUUCAUCGUAUUAUAUCUAAUUAAGGGGUUAAAAUUUACAAUUGGAUAUCUAUAUUGUAUCUGUCAUGAUUGAUAUUAGUUUUGUUUUUUUUUUGCGAAAAUAUAUUUAAUUUAUGUUUAAAAUAAACUCAUGAUCACGUUAUAAAUUAAAACAGUUAAUUUUGUCGAUAUUUUGCUUGUUUACAAUCCUGAGGAGUCGAAGUGCGCUUUGGCGGCUAUUUCUUGUUUCAAGCCGACUACGGCGACUACAAGGGACGAUAUCAUGUUAACCUUACGACUUACGAGUAAUUAUAUUUUACUUUAGAACUAACUUUAUAGGGCUAGAUCUUAUAAACGGUGCCUUUACAUUGCCAUCGUCGCUUUUUCUAUUAUUAAAAUUAUUAUAAUUCCAUGGCAACAUUGUUUUAUAAUUAAUGUUGCCACUUAUUAAAUGUUAUUUCGUAAAAUUGUAUGUUCGAUAGAAUUUAUCAAUCGCAUUUUUUUGUUAUAUAUUUUAUUAAAAUGCAUCUUUCUUAUUCCCCAAUUUCUGAAAAGUGAUUAAGUUGAAGUGAAAUAUUUUAAGUGAUUAUUAUUUAAAUUAGAUAUCAGUAACAUCAAAUAUUUAAAUUAGGAAGCAGUCUCGUCGAAUAACAGGAUUGAAUUUCAAAGAUUACUUAUUUUUAAACUACAUUAAUUAAUGUUGUGUGAUACUUUUGCUGCUAAUACAAUAUAUAUUAGUGUAAAAUUCAUGUUUCCGAUUGAAUGUAUUUACUUAAUAUCUUAGGAUGGCUUUUACAUAUGACUUUAUUCAGUGCACUAACUAAAAUACUGCAUCCAAAUAAAGCGGUGUAGAGGCAUUUAGCAUACUAAUUAGACAAGUCAGCAUUUCAGCCUCACGCUACUGUAAUAAGUGUACUGAAUUUAGCACUUAAAAAUUGGUGUUUUAAGUCAAUUUGUUAUAAAAACUGUAAAAAUUAUACUAGCAACCGUAUUUAGAACUAACUCAUAUUUAUUCACUAUUUAUCUUGCCUAGAAUAUUAGACAGCAAGUGUAUAGCUAACCUAUUUUUAAUAGCAGUUAAUAUGUAAUCAGA